UGGCCUACAGCAUAAGCAUAUACUCUUGCUCUAUCCUCCUCUCUCUCCUCUUCUCUCUCUACACCAAUCUCUCCACAGCAUCAGAUACCAUCUCCCCAAGCCAAUCUCUCUCUGGGAACAAUACUAUAGUCUCCAAAAAUGGUAACUUUGAGUUGGGCUUCUUCUCUCCAAGCAAUACUAGCAACUAUUACAUUGGUAUCUGGUUCAAAAAAGUCCCUGGGCAAACAAUAAUUUGGGUAGCAAAUAGAGAGAACCCGGUUUCUGAUUCCUUCUCUUCAGAGCUCAAAAUAGCACCAGAUGGAAAUCUUGUUCUCCUCGACGAAUCCAAGCUGCAGAUUUGGUCGUCGAAUUCGACCCAAAAGCCGACCAAUUCGAGUACUGCAGUACUUCUAGACACAGGAAAUCUCAUUCUGAGAAGCCCAGUGAACAGUUCUGAGAUAAUUUGGCAGAGUUUUGAUCACCCCACCGACACUUCGAUCGCCGGAGAGUGGAUCGGAAUAAACAAGAUCACCGGAGAAUACCAAAGCCAUGUUUUGUGGAAGGACCCCGACGACCCCUCCCUGGGACCGUAUACACACCGGAUAGACCCAUUCGGGUCCGGUCACUUUGUCUUACUUUGGAACAAGUCGAAAAUAUACUGGGAUUUCGGAGAAUGGACAGGUAAUGCCUUCACUAUGAUCCCCGGUAUGCCGCUGAACACCGAUUAUAGUUAUACCUUUGUUAACAAUAGUCGAGAAGAGAAAUUUCGGUGGGAUCUAAGAGAUAAAUCUAUAGUCACAAGAGUUGUGAUGAGUGUUAAUGGGCAGAUGCAGAGGCACACCUGGUCUGAGAGCAUCAAACAGUGGGUCAUUCAGUGGUCCAUGCCCGCGGACCUAUGCAGUGUCUACGCGGUCUGCGGAUCUUUCGGUGUUUGCGACACGAAUGGCGUCGAGAACUGUAACUGUUUGCCUGGUUUCGAACCCGCUUCGUCACGGAAUUGGGAUCUCAAUUCGUGGAGUUCUGGGUGUGUGAGGAAAACAAGUUUGAAGUGUUCUAAUAAGACAUCGGUGAACGAAGAACAAGACGGGUUUCUAUUGAUGUCAAACAUGGGGUUGCCUGAGGAUUCUGAAACACUGAAGGUGGAGAGCGUCGAAGAAUGCGAAUCUGCUUGUUUGAACAGCUGUUCUUGCACUGCUUAUGCUUAUGAAAGUGGAUGUUUGAUUUGGAAUGGUGAACUUAGGAAUCUUAAGAGACUUUCCGUAAAUAAUACUGAGGCUAUGAAUCUUCAUCUCCGACUCGCAGCAGCUGAACUAGCAUCUCAAAGCACCAAAAACAAACGGCAUAUCGCAAUUAUGUUGGUUGCGAUCGGAGGGGCUCUGAUGAUACUUUGUAUUGCUCUUGUGUUAGCUUGGAGAUGCUAUGCGAAAAGGUUGAAAAGAAGAACAGUAGUAACUGAUGGAUCACUGAAGCUGUUUGAGUAUGAUUAUUUGCGACGCUGUACUGACAAUUUCUCUAAGAAGCUCGGUAAAGGAAGUUUUGGUUCGGUGUUUAAAGGGGAAUUGCCCGAUUCUACACUAAUUGCCGUGAAGAAACUCGAAGGGUUUCGACAAGGAGAGAAACAAUUUCGAACUGAGGUUGCGACUCUAGGAGCAAUCCAACAUGUUAAUCUGGUCCGCCUCCGUGGGUUCUGCUUCAAAGGCGCCGAACGGAUUUUGGUGUAUGAUUACAUGCCGAACGGGUCUCUCGAUUCUCAUCUCUUUACAAGCGAUUCGAAGAGCUUGGAUUGGAAAGCGAGAUUUCGAAUCAUUCUAGGAGUUGCGAAGGCUUUGGCUUAUUUACAUGAAGAAUGUAGAGAAUGCAUCAUUCAUUGCGACAUAAAACCUGAGAACGUACUUCUCGACUCGGACUUCUCACCCAAGGUGGCCGAUUUCGGCAUGGCGAAGCUCAUCGAUCGAAAUUUCGAUCGAGCGUUGACGACGGCACGGGGAACGUUAGGCUAUCUAGCACCGGAGUGGAUUCUAGGCCUCCCCAUUACACCAAAAGCAGAUGUUUAUAGCUACGGAAUGAUGUUGUUCGAAAUAAUCUCAGGCAGAAGAAACACUGAGCCAUUGAAGGAUGGAAGAGUAGGGUACUUUCCUUUAUGGGCUGCGACAAAUAUUAGCGAGGGCGAGGUUCUAACACUGUUAGAUGAGAGAUUGCAGGGUGAAGUUGAUACUGAGGAGCUUAAAAGAGCUUGCAGAAUCGCGUGUUGGUGCAUCCAAGAUGGCGAAGCUAUUAGGCCAACAAUGGUGGAGAUUGUUCGAAUCCUCGAAGGAGUGAAGGACAUCGGUGUGGCUCCGAUACCGAGAUCUCUUCAGCAACUUGUGAAUGAUCAAUAUCUAAGUACCUACUCUACCAGUUAGUCGUUAAUAGUACUGAAAAAAAGGUAAAAGAGUAGACCCUAUAUUAGAUUGUCCCUUCAUGUAUUUACAAACUCACUUCUUUGUAGUUGAGGUGUUUGUCCAGUAGGGCUUGUAUCUGUGGGUUUCAGCUCACUUAAAAAAAUUUAAUGAAUAAAUGGAUAAGUGUGGGAAAAGAUAGCAGUAAUUGAA